UUUCGUGAUAUCUUAGCUCCUUCAUCCAUUGCCUCCCAAAUAAACCAAACUUCAACAUAGAAGAAUGUAAGUUUAUAAGACCUAUUUAUUGGUAUGAUCCCAAACCGAAGAACUUACUAACCAAAAAAUAUAUAUAUAAUAAUAAUAAAUCCCAAAGCAAAGAACUACGUCAAAAUCUAAAGCACAAAAAACAUUUCAUGAUCUCUUAACUCCUUCAUCCAUGGCCUCCCAAAUAAACCAAACUUCUCCAGACCCAGCCAUCACAACCACCACCAUUGAUUAUGAUCAUACACCAUCUCUUUCGGCACAAGUAAUAGCCAACAACGACGACCUUCUCACCGAAAUCCUUGUCUGUUUACCAAUCAAGUCUCUCCUUAAAUUCAAAUCAGUAUCCAAACACUGGCUCUCUCUCAUCACCACCACUAACUUCUAUUUUCGCCGCACCCCUUUCCCACACACCGCUACCGGCCUCUUCGCGGUUGCCUAUCUGGGCUUAAAACACUCUUGGCUCCAUUUCAUUUCUCUCGAGAAAAACUCGGAACUCUUCGGCGGCUGCCGUCAUUACAAUCCGUUGACAUCUCUUCCUUUCCCCGAAAACAAAAGCAGUUGCAUCUCGCAGUCCUCUAAUGGUUUAUUGCUGAUUCGUACUCCUUUGGGAUCUUAUUAUAAUAGAAUUAAAAAUUCAGAAAAGAAUUUCUUCGUCGCCAAUCCAACUACUAUGCAGUAUGCCAUGCUUCCUCGGCCUGCGGCUUGCAGUGGCUCCACAAAGAAUGGUUUCAUCUUCAAUUUGGCCUUUGAUCCUUCAAAAUCGAUUCACUACAAAGUUGUUUGUGUUAGAAAAAUCGACCAUUCCGACCAACAGUAUUACCAGAUUGAGAUUUAUUCAUCCGCCACACGCACUUGGAAGCUCUCCGGUGGUCCUCUCGACGCACCGUUUGAUAUUGGUUCUUCCAAUCAUGGUAAUUCUUGUGAUGGGGUUUUUUGGAAUGGUGCCGUCAAUUGGAUUAGUAAGAGGCAUUCUUUAUUAUAUUUCAAUUUGGAGGAAGAACAACUAAACGAAAUGCCAUUGCCUUUUAACCCUGAAAGAUCAAAUAUGAGUUUUAUGUAUUUUGGUGAGUCGAGAGACCAUUUGCAUCUUAUCACCAUGUUUAAGAGAAAAACACAGUUCGAUGUUUAUGAGAUGGAGAGGGACUAUUCUAAUUGGUUUGUGAAAUUCCGGGUUGAUCUUAGUGAGGUUGCGUCUGUAUAUCCGCAGAGGAAUAUUGGUGCCCGCCUUCCCUUACAGGAAGGGUUACGAAAUUACUUCUUUUACACGGUAAUGAGUGUUGUGCGGCGUGAGAUUGAAGAAGAAUCAUAUAUGGUGUUGCAUAUAGAGAAAGGAAUUAUAGUAUACUAUUUCAAGACUAGUACUUUUAAGAAGCUUCUUGAUACCGGUAUCAUGGGUUAUGGGUCUAAUUGUCACCCAUACAUUGAGAGUUUGGCUCCAAUUUAUCGUCUGUAA